AUGCGAGCCGUUAACUCCAUGAGUUAUGAAGAGUUUGUCGAUGUGUUUGGGAAUGUGAUUGAGAAAUGUCCCCUCAUUGCAGCUGCAGUUUGGACAGAUCGCCCCUUCUCGAGUGUGAGCACCUUGGAAAAAAGCAUUGGAGAUUUUAUAGAUUCCCUGCCUCGGUCAGGGAAAGAAGGAAUUCUGCGAUGCCAUCCUGAUCUGGCUGGGAGAGACCUACUCAGAGGGGCGCUGUCACCCGAAUCCCAGGGAGAGCAGAGGCAGGCUGGCUUAACCAGCCUCACUCCAGACCAGAGAUCCCAGCUCAGUGAAUUAAAUGCUUCUUACAAGAACAGAUUUAAUUUCCCAUUCGUGAUCUGUGUCAGAAUGAAUGACAGGGAAACUAUAUUCCAACAGCUCAGCAGCAGAAUCCGCAACAGCCCGGAGCAGGAGCUACAGAUCAGUAUCGAGGAGGUUAAAAAAAUCUGCCACCUGCGCCUUUUGGAUAUCUCCAGUCACAUGGCCCAGGCCACCAAGCUUUAA